AUGUUGAAAAACGACAGAUUGGCUACUUUGCAACCCACUUUGCACCCAACCUCUGAAGAGUUGGCCAUUGGAAACAUUAGAUUCACCACCUUCGAUUUGGGUGGUCACCAGCAAGCUCGUCGUUUGUGGAAGGACUACUUUCCAGAAGUUAACGGCAUUGUGUUUUUGGUGGACGCUGCCGACCAAGGCAGAUUAACCGAAGCUAGAGCUGAGUUGGAAGCUUUGUUUGCUAUCGAGGAGUUGAACAAUGUUCCAUUCUUGAUUUUGGGUAACAAAAUCGAUGCACCAAACGCUGUCAACGAGAUGGAAUUGAAGUCUGCCUUGAACUUGUUCGGUACCACUGGAAAGGACGUUGGAAAGCUUCCAGAGAAUGUCAGACCAAUUGAGGUUUUCAUGGUUUCUGUGGUGAUGAGAAUGGGUUACGGUGAGGGUUUCAAAUGGUUGUCGCAGUACAUUUGA